AUGGCAGAGGUAGCAGCCACACCUAAGGCCUGGAGGCCACGAUAUCGCGUGUCCAAGACUAUGCUAACCACCGAAACAGACGCAAAAGUCCACAAGCGACCUCUCCUUCGUCCUGCUAUACCAUCGCCUUACGCAGGCGCAUCACAACAGAAAGUCGUCUACGUCUCAGCCCGCACACCAUUCCUAUCAACAGUCAAGCGUGUGGAGAAACUACUCAAGCUCUCAGACAAGCGACUCGUCCAAGCUGCAACGACAAAUGCGAGACUAUCUAGCAACAAGAUGAAACGCGGCCGCGACGAUCCUGACGAGGUCCUAGGCAUUGCCAAGGAAGUCGAGCGACUGAAAAGCAAAAGGCGGAAAGGUGGGACUGUUGACGAUGAUGUGGAGGGUGCUGGUGAAGAGGUCGUGAUCAAAGCUAGUGGGAAGGCGAUACAGAAGGCUAUGGAGCUGGGGUUGUGGUUUCAGCAGAGGGAGGAGUAUUUGGUUCGACUUAGGACUGGGAGUGUCGGAGCUGUUGAUGAUAUUGAGCUUAAUGAGGAGGAAGGGGUAGAGGACCAGGGACAUGAUCGGCAGGAGGGCGGUGUUGUGGAUCGCGGCAAUGUUACCGGGGAGGUGGAUACGAGUAUGGGUGCCACGGUAGUAGAGCAGGAAGGAAGCGUUGAGCAGGACCAGAGCGCCAAUGAUGGAGGGUCCGCAGUCAGCAAGUCGUCGGCAUUGAACCAGAUGACGACAGCUGCUGAUGGAGCAACGGGCGAUACGACAGACCCUGCACUCAGCAAACAGGAACCAAUACCAGAGACGCGUAUACGAUAUGUGAGCGUGCUAGAAGUUGCAGUCAGCCUGCGAUAG